AUGGCUCACGUCAAUGUUGUCAGAGUUACGCAGUCUCCAUGCAAUGUGCUAACUGUUGAUGAAAAUUCAAGGGUUGAAAUUCUGGAGCUAAUACCUUCAAUGUCAGCAGUUACAGCAUGUAUUUGGGCACGAACAGUUGAAGUGUCUGGAGGAACACCAUUUUCGUACAAUAUUGCUGCAUCAGACAAUGAAUUCUUUCUCAGUUUCCCAGAAGAUUUAGCAAUAGGCAUAAGAGCCCUGUCCACUGGUGCGACUGGAGUGUCUAUAAAUGAUGGUGCCUGGCAUCACGUGUGUGUCACAUGGAAUUCAGUUGGUGGAAUAUGGAACAUCUAUGAUAAUAGUAUACUGGCAGUUGAUGGUAGUAAUUUCAGAACUGGAUUGAUGAUAAGAUCUGGCGGUGUCCUUAUAUUAGGACAGGAACAAGAUACGUUGGGAGGCGGAUUUGAUCCAUCCCAAGCAUUUAAAGGAGAUCUAGCAAAUUUUAAUAUGUGGGACAGGGAAUUAGAUGGUGUAGAUAUCCUACACUCCACAAAUGACUGUUCAUGUGGUAUUGAAGGCAAUGUGUUUUCAUGGAAGUCUGAUAGUCUUGAUAUUACCGGAACUGCACUAGUCUCUGCUGCAGAUUUCUGCCUUAUAUAUGGCAUUGGAACCGAUAACCAACUCUAUACUAGAGACGGUAUUAAUGGAACAUGGUCUGGUCCAGCACCUAACAGUUGCUGUGUGAUUGCAAUGACCAUUCUUAUUGAUAACUCAAUACUAGGUGUGGGUGACAACAAUCAAUUGUACAACAAGGCUAGCUUGGAUAUACCUUGGAGUGGUCCACUGUUAAAUGGUGGCUCAGUGAUCGAUGUUACUCAGAUGUCCGAUGGUACCAUAGUUGGCAUAGGUAUGACGAAUGAAUUGAUGAUACUUACUGAUAUCCAAGAUACAUGGACUGGUCCUGUUAGCAAUAGUGCUGCCGUAAUGUCAAUAUCGGUGCUACCAGAUCAAAGUCUAUUGGGUGUUGGAAUGAGUGGCAAAUUGUGGACAAGACCUAGCAUACAAGGAGUGUGGACCAAAGUGGAUGACAAUGGUGUUGUAUCUGGUAUAUCAGUUAGUCGAAAUGGUAUAGUGCUUGGUGUUGAUACAACGUGUGGUUUAAUCGAGAGAUCACAUUAUACUUCUCAGUGGGAGGGUGAAAUUGAAAACAACGUUUGUGUUAUCUCUGUAUCAUUUGGAAACUAA